GAGGUAACACUGAGAGACAGUCGGUUCAGGGAUUACCUUAAAUUUCAGAGACACUCGUCGGAGAAGACGACGUUGGUCGUGACUCGUGAGGUCUUCGAGGAUUUGUGCCGUCACAAAAUUAGCCUUACGUGGCCUGACACGGAAGCAAACCGUCUUAGGUUUCGCACUUCGUUUGCAGUGGAAGCUCAAUUCGGCGCGCAAUAUAAAUUUCCUUCCUUUCUAGGGAUUCAGUGAUGGGUCGAAAGAAGCAACUUCGGCCGCAUCGUUCUGUCGGAAUUCGCGGAAAGCAAGCCCCCGGCGCGGAAUUAUGUGAUAAUAAUGAUGCUAGAGCAGAAAAAGACAAGCUUGUAGAAGUUGAUGAACCCUUUUUCAUUGAAGUUGAUCGGUCUACCUGGUUGUCUGAUGAACAUAUGGAUAUUUCAGAGAUUGUUUUGUCGGAUUUGAGCAUAAAAGAGGAGUUUUAUGGUUAUAGAUUGAGUGAUGAGCUUUAUGGGGAUUCGAGAUAUUUACUGAGGUUUAGAUUGGAUGGAGUAAGCCAGCAUCUUAGUAGAAUCAAGUUAGGGCAUUGGCCUGUUUUAUCUGCUAGUAGUAUAGUUGUGGAACUUGUUGCAAAGCAUGUGAAAGAGGGUGGUGAAGAACAUCUUGUAAUGGUUUCGGGAAAUCUAGAUGGACCUGAUGAAGGGGUCUCUGGGCUUGUUCACUUAGCUAGUUUGAAGUUCUUGACAUUGAGGCCAGCAAUGGCAGUUACCUUCCUUGAAGGUUUAUUGUCUUUUAGGAUUAGGGUGGAGAUUUUAAGAGCUGCAUUUGAAGCAUGUGAAACUCUUCUUGAUAAUACAAGACAGCUUUGGAAGAAGAGUAUGAUAAGCGUCAUGGCAUGGCUGCGCCCAGAAGUUACAACUUCAGAGGCUAGAUAUGGAUAUAACGUGAUAGGGGACAAAGAUACUGGUUUGGGCACAGAUGAGAAUUCAUCUGCUUCAAGAAAAUGUGCUAAGCUUGAUGUUGUUAGUUUCUAUGAGGCCAUUAAGCCAUCAAAGGAAGACCCUAUGUUGGAUGACCCUCUACCUAAUUUGGUUCCUGAGCUUAGACCAUAUCAGCGCCGUGCAGUUUAUUGGAUGGUACAGCGGGAGAAAGGCGCAUCUGAACAUUCUGAACCUAGCCAAAUAAAUCUGUUGAUUUCCCCUCUAUGCAUGCCAUUGAGUUUAAUUGACAAAUCUGCUGCUGUAUACUACAAUCCAUUUAGUGGAAAUGUAUCCCUUCAUCCAGACAGUUCCUUCUGCUACGUUUCUGGCGGAAUUCUAGCUGAUGAGAUGGGCUUGGGGAAAACUGUUGAGCUGCUUGCAUGUGUCUUUGCUCACCAGGUGACUUCAUCAGCAAUUGGCAGUUUGUCCAAUUCAACACAGCUUGAGCAGGACCAGAGAAAAAACCUUAAAAGAUUGAAGCGAGAAAGGGUUGAAUGUAUAUGUGGUUCUGUGACUGAAAGCAUCAGGUAUAAGGGAUUGUGGGUACAGUGUGAUGUUUGUGAUGCUUGGCAACAUGCAGAUUGCGUUGGCUAUUCACCAAAAAAGCAUAAAAGAAUGAAAACUUCUGAGAAAGAAAUGCACAGACAGGAUUCAUCAGGAAAAUUGAAGAAUUGUGCAAAAAGAAAAGGCAAUGAAGAAAUAGUUGAGAUGGAUGGGGUUCAUAUCUGCAGGGCAUGCUCAGAACUAAUCCAAGCCACUGAAGCACCCGUUGCAUCAGGUGCAACUCUUAUAGUGUGCCCUACUCCUAUAUUGCCCCAGUGGCAUGCUGAAAUUAUUCGCCAUACAAAACCUGGUUCACUGAGGACAUGCAUUUAUGAAGGUGUUAGAAACAAUACUUUAUCAGAGACACCUUUGAUGGAUAUAAAUGAGCUUCUCAGUUCUGACAUUGUCUUGACAACAUAUGAUGUGCUCAAAGAGGACUUGUCACAUGAUUCUGACAGACAUGAUGGUGAUCGUCGCUUCUUGAGAUUUGAGAAAAGAUAUCCAGUUAUUCCUACUCUUCUCACUAGAAUAUUAUGGUGGAGGAUAUGUUUGGAUGAAGCUCAAAUGGUGGAGAGUAAUGCUGCUGCUGCAACUGAAAUGGCACUAAGGCUACACACAGUUCAUCGGUGGUGUAUAACUGGGACACCCAUACAAAGGAGACUUGAUGAUUUGUAUGGGCUUUUGAAAUUCCUGAAAGCAAGUCCAUUUGAUGUUUUCAGAUGGUGGACUGAUGUAAUUUGUGAUCCAUACGAGAGGGGAGAUGAAGGAGCCAUGGCAUUCACACACAAAUUUUUUAAACCGCUAAUGUGGCGGUCAUCAAAAGGGCAUGUUGCUGAAGAGUUGCAGCUUCCUCCUCAAGAAGAAUGUGUCUCUUGGCUUUCUUUGUCACCAAUUGAGAAACACUUCUAUCAGAGGCAACAUGAAACCUGUGUUAAUGAUGCCCAUGAGCUUAUUGCAGAUCUUAAAGAUAAUAUUCACAAGAAGAAACCACAAGAUUCCAAUGACUCUUUAUCUGGUGUUGUCAUCACCAAUAUGGAUGCUGCGAAGCUGUUCAACUCACUUUUGAAGCUCCGACAAGCCUGCUGUCAUCCACAAGUGGGAAGUUCUGGGCUGCGCUCUCUACAACAGUCUCCCAUGACCAUGGAAGAGGUUCUGUCGGUUCUUGUAGGUAAGACCAAGGUAGAAGGAGAAGAAGAGCUCAGGAAACUAGUCGUUGCCUUAAAUGCACUUGCUGGUAUAGCUAUUAUUGAGAAAAAUAUUCCUCAAGCUAUAUCACUAUACAAAGAAGCACUGGCUUUAACUGAAGAGCAUUCUGAAGAUUUCCGCUUGGACCCUUUGUUAAACAUUCACAUACAUCAUAAUCUUGCUGAGAUACUACCACAAAAUUCUGAUGGCUUGGAAAAGGUUCAAUCUGCUCCUGGAAGCUCUAAAGAGAGUUCCUUCAUGACAGAAGGUGUUGAUGAAGACAUUCAAAAUUCAUUAAAAAGUGAAACAAGAAGCAUGGAGGCAGCAAAUUUUACCAUUAAGGACUUGUCCAAUUCAGUGCUUGACUCAGCAACAAAUUAUUCUGGAGACGGAAGUUCUGAUGUGGAACCUGAGAAGCAAUGUCUGAAUACAUCAUGUGAAAAUUUAAAGCAAAGGUACUUGUCUGUGUUUAAUUCGAAGUUGUACAUGGCUCAACAAGAGUUCAGGAAGUCAUUUGAGCAGGUUUGCAAUGCAUUUAAUGAUAGAAAAAAUCAGCAUACAGCUUGGUGGUUAGAAUCCCUACACCAUAUUGAGCAAAACAAGGACUUGUCGAGUGAGUUGAUCCGGAAAAUAGGAGAAGCUGUUUCUGGGACCCUGAACACUAAUAGGGCAUCAAGGAUUGCCUCCUGCUUCCGCAGCAUAACUGCUCUGAAGUAUUUUAUUCAGACUGGUUUAGAUUCAUUGGAAGGUUCUAGGAAAACUUUACUUGAUAGACUUUUGGAAAUUGACCAAACAAUGGGCAAUCCCAGGAAGGAGGACAUAGAACGUGUGAGAUACUGUCCAAAAUGUUAUGCUAAUACUGAAGGUCCUAUGUGUGUUCACUGUGAACUUGACGACUUAUUUCAGGCAUAUGAGGCCAGCCUUUUUCGUCUUAAUAAAGGAAAAUAUGGAGAGGCAAUUACAUCUGCUGAGGAGGCUGUUAACCUGCAGAAGAAGAUGUCUGCGCUAAAUCGUUUUUAUUCGACAUUGUCUCAACCUAACAAGAAGCCAACUUCAUUGACACUUGAAUAUGAAGAUAAUGGAAGUAAGAGGGACACAGGAGAGAGAGUGAUGGUAUCAAAAUCACCGUCGGACCUGGAGGUGGUGCUGGGCAUUAUCAAGAGCAACUCAAGAGGUCUGUUAGAUAGAGAGGGCUUGUCAGCGGCAACAAAGCAGCUACUUCUCCUUGAGGCAAUGCGAAAGGAGUAUCCACAAGCAAGGUCUCUUGCAAUUGCACAAGCUCAAGUUCUGCGUGCUUAUGAUGAAAUUAGUAUGGCAACCUCUCGACUGCGCUUGCGAGAAGAUGAGAAUGAUAAAUCGAUUGAUGCCCUAGACUUGGGAGAAUUAGUUGUAGCUAGUGCUGAAUUUUCUAGUGAAAAGUUUUUGGCUUUGUCUUCUUUAUCCCGAGUAAAAGGGCAACUCCGCUAUUUGAAGGGUCUAGUGCAAUCUAAACAAAAACAGCAGGCAGAAAGCACAGAUGACACAACUUCAACUCAAGCAAUGGUGACAUCCAGAACUUCCGAAGAAAAUCAAAAUGGAAGCUUCACGAAGGCCGAGGAGGAUGCAUGUCCUAUUUGUCAUGAGAAACUUAAUAGCCAAAAGAUGGUUUUCCAAUGUGGUCAUGUCAUUUGUUGUAAAUGUUUGUUUGCUUUGACUGAGCAGAGAUCAGGUCACCUGGGAAAACCUGUUACUAGUUGGGUGAUGUGCCCAACAUGUAGACAACAUACUGAUUAUAGAAAUAUUGCCUAUGCUGUUGAUAGGGAGCAUAAAUCAGACGAAAUUCCAUUUGACGCCAGUGAGAAUUCUGAAGCUUCUAUUACCGUUCAAGGAUCUUAUAGUACGAAGGUUGAAGCUGUGACAAGAAGAAUUUUAUGGAUCACUUCCAAAAAUCUAACCGCGAAGGUCCUUGUUUUUAGCAGUUGGAAUGAUGUUCUUGAUGUCUUGGCACAUGCCUUUGCUGCAAACGAUAUUAGCUACAUAAGAAUGAAAGGGGGCAGAAAAGCGCACGUUGCCAUCAACCAUUUCAGAGGGCAAAACAGUAAUUCUAUAGGACGCGGUAGGAGUGAAGACAGGCAGCCAGAUGCCAAACCAGUUCAGGUCUUACUGCUCUUGAUUCAACAUGGAGCCAAUGGCCUCAACCUUCUGGAAGCCGAGCACGUGAUUCUUGUUGAGCCAUUGCUCAAUCCAGGUGCAGAAGCACAAGCCAUUAGCAGGGUGCACCGGAUAGGACAAGUGAAGAAAACCCUCGUCCAUCGUUUUAUAGUGAAGGACACAGUUGAAGAGAGCAUAUUCAAACUGAACAAGAGCAGGACUGCAGAUUCAUUCGUUAGCGGAAACCGAAAGAACCAAGAUCAGCCUGUUUUGACACUCAAUGACAUUGAAUCCUUAUUCAGAGUGGACCAAAACCCUUCUGGGAGCUUGAUGCAUUUGCCACCAUCUGUUGCUGCUGCUUUAGCUGCUGAGAGGAGGCUAGCAGAGAACACACCAUCAAGCUAAGACCUUUCACUUGCAAUAUAUAUAUAUAUAUAUAUAUAUAUAUAUAUAUCAAAUAUUUUCUCAACCUUCCACGGUUCCGCCCUCAAUUUCCCACCAGCUUCUAUCAUUCUUGAAACCUUGUCGCUACCAAGUCAACAGGCCAACUAAUUUAACUAGGGUUGGCCCUAACAGUGUAGACUUUUUGUUAUAGAUUAUAUCGUCACUAAACUACAUUGUACAUUUAACUUCUUCUCCACAUUCAGGUAAAAUAGUACUGUGUUCAGUUUCUUUUCACAUUCACAGAUUCAGUAGUAGGCUCUUGUAAACCAUAGUGUUGUAUCAUAGCUUCAUAGAAAUCUCUAUUGAUAACAAUCACAAUUGGUGGUUUAUCUUUUGUA